CCUUCCCGAGGCUCAUUCCCACCUUCCCGAGGCUCAUUCCCGCCUUCCCACCUCGCUCCGGGAUCUCCGGCGGCCUCGGGAGCGACUCCGGCUGUGGCGGCACCGGCGCGGGUCUGUGAGGGGGGGAAUGGGGGAAAACAGGGAAUUCUGAGGGAACACACCCUGUUUCCAGGGAAAACACAGGGAUUAUUCCCUAAAAAGAGGGGCUGAGGGAGCGGGAGGUGGGAUCGGAGCACUCGGGUGCUUCCGGCCUCGGGAGCGUCUCCGGUUGUAGCGGCACAAAAUUGGAUCUGGGACGGGAUUUGUCGGCACCGGGAGGAGGGAACGGGGGGAAAAUAGGGAAUAAAGAGGGGAAAUGCCCUAAAAAUAGGGAAUAAUGAAGGAACAUGCCCUGAAAAUAGGGAAUAAUGAGGGAACAUGCCCUAAAAAUAGGGAAUAACAAAGGAACAUGCCCUGAAAAUAGGGAAUAAUGAGGGAACAUGCCCUAAAAAUAGGGAAUAAUGAGGGAACACACCCUGAAAAUAGGGAAUGCUCCCUAAAAAGAAGGAAUAAGGGAGCGCUGGCUGGGAUUGGACCCCCGAGCUGGUUCUGGAAGGUGAACUGGGAUCUUCCCUCCCUGGGGGUGUUCCCAUGACAUUUUUAGGGAUAAAUCCUCCCCCGGAUUCCUGCGGCUCUUUGGCCCCGGGCAGGGCGGAAUUCCAGCCGGGAACAUCCCAGAGUGUCACAUCCCGGGGCGGCUCCGCUCUCCUGACCCUGAGCUCCUAAACGUGGGAAUGCUCCCGGAUCUCCGGCUCUGCCCGGGCCUUUCCCGCCCCUCAGAGCCCAUCCCGAGGCCCCGAGCACCUGGAUUUCAUUCCCGGCUCAUUUUGGUGCCGGUGCCGCGGCCGGCGAGCCUUGGACGGGGAACAGGGAAUGCCUGGAAUUCAUUCCCGGGAUGUGUCGACGUCGAGGAUCCUGGGAUGUGCCGGAACUCGGCUUUAACCAUUUUCCUCCUUUUUCCGCUCAUUUUGCAGGUGGUUUUAGUGGGUUGGGUUGGGUUGGGUUGGGUUGGGUGUCCAACCCUGGCACCGCCACGGCCACCAAAGGUCUGGAAUUCAUUCCAGAUGCCGAGGAUCCCGGGAUGUGCCGGAACUCGGGUUUCACCAUUUCCCCCCUUUUCUCUCCCGUUUUCCAGGCGGUUCCGGCCCCGCCGGCGCCGAGGCCGCGCCCGCCGCGGGCCGGGGGCGGCGCCAUGGCCACCAAGGUGCCGAUCUACCUGAAGAGGGGCAGCCGGAAGGGCAAGAAGGAGAAGCUGCGGGACAUCCUCUCCUCGGACAUGAUCAGCCCCCCCCUCGGCGACUUCCGCCACACCAUCCACGUGGGCAGCGGCGGCGAGAGCGACAUGUUCGGGGACACCUCCUUCCUGCAGGGCAAGUUCCACCUGCUGCCGCGGCACGGGGGCGGCGCCGGCGGCGUCGCGGGCGGCGCCGAGUUCUCCUUCUCGCGCACGGCCACCAUGAGCGCGGGCGAGGCGGCGGCGCCGUCGCCGCUGCUCAAAAACGCCAUCUCGCUGCCCGCGCUGGGGGGGCCGCAGGCGCUCACCCUGCCCCCGGCGCAGGCCCCCCCGAAGCCCCCGCGCCUGCACCUCGACGAGGCCCCGGCGGCGGCAGAGCCGGGCGGUGAGGCCCCGGCGGAGGAGCCCCCCCGGCUCGCGGCGCCCGCCAACGGCUUCGCCGACGGGGAGGAGGAGCCGCCCUUCCUGUCCCACGCCGGGUCCCUGCUGUCCCUGCACGUGGACCUGGGGCCCUCCAUCCUGGAGGACGUGCUGCAGGUCAUGGACAAGCACCAGGCAGAGAGAGGGGGCGGCGGCGCCGUGACGGAGACGCCGACGUGAGGGAAGAGCCGGAUCCCGCCGUGCCAACGCCAGGAGGGGCUUUGUCCUCGGCCCCCGCGGAUUCCGGACGUUCCCUCCACGUUUUGGGGAGAACCCCAACGCUCCCCCCUCUCCACCCGCCCUCCCCCGGGAACGGGGCGUGUCCGUGUCUGCCGGAAUUCCCGGAUUUCGGAGGUUCCCAACCCCCCCGGAUCGUCGGGACGUUCAACCCGCGGCUUCACAGGAUUCCUCGGGAAUGCCGCCCACCGGGACGGCUCCGGCGGGAAGAGGCUCCACGGGGCUUUGCCAGGCUGGGCUUUGCCAGGCUGGGCUUUGCCAGGCUGGGCUUUACUGUUGG